CAGCGCGCCCCGCCCCGCCCCGCCCCGCUCCACCACACCCCACCCCGCCCCGCCGUGCCGGUCCCGGUCGACAUCGAGUGGCAGCUCAGGAAGGACGUUUCGCCGAGGGGUGCCGAGUGGUCUGAAUGGUCCGGGCCGGCCCGUCUCCAUGGCCCCGUGCGCGCCGUGCGUCGUGACGCUAUGAUAAGUGCCACCUGCUGCUGCUGCAACAGCUGCCUCCGCGUCCUCUUCGCAGUGGUCUGGCCCCACCGCGACCGCGACUGCAUCUGAAGAGACAAACCGCAUCGCCGAGGAUCUUCUGCGCUUCUUAGUCAACCUGCACCCCGAGCCAGGAUCUACGUCUUUGGCCUCCCAACACUUCUGAAGAAGUUCAUCGAAGCCUUCCAGCGGCCCCGUGCCCUUCCAAGAUGAAGGUCACCACCGCCACGGUCCGCGGCAAGAUGGACGGCGCCAGGUUCUCGACGGCGAUCGACGCUGCCGGGCACGGCAAGUUCCAGUACGUGGCCUUCCUCACAGCUGGCCUCAUCUACUUCACGUCGGGCAUGCAGAGCGGCAUCAACGCCUACAUCCUGCCUUCUGUCAAGUGCGACUACCAGCUCAGCGACUCGCAGAUGGGCGUGCUCAACGCGCUCUUCCUCGGAGGCGGCGGCCUGUCGGCCCACCUCUGGGGCGCCCUCAGCGACUCGUACGGCCGGCGGCCCGUCCUGGCGGGCGCCUUGCUCAUCGAUGCCGUCUGCGUGUCCGCCUCCACCCUCGCGCCCAACUUCACCGUGUUCGCGGUGCUGCGCCUCUUUAGCGGCAUGCUGAACAUGGCCCCCGCCGGGCUCGCCUUCCUGUACCUCGGCGAGUUCGUCUGCGACCGGAGGCGGACUGCGUUCUCGCAGGCCAUGGGCACCAUGUGGAUCGCGUCCUGGAUCAUCCUGCCCGCGCUGGCCUGGGUGGUGAUCCCGCUGCCGUGGGCCGUGGACUUCCUGGGCGUGCGCCUGCAGUCUUGGCGCGCCUUCCUGGCCCUGCUGCUCGUGCCCACCCUCACCGCCGCAGGGCUCGCCCUCUACAUGCCCGAGACCCCCAAGUUCCUCCAGGCGGCCGGUCGAGAGGAGGACGCGCUCAAAGUGUACCGCCGCAUCUACGCCACAAACACGGGCGAGAGCGCCGACGGCUACCCCGUGAAGCGGCUGCACCUUCCCAGCUCGGCCAGGGCCGAGGCCAGGGCCGAGGCCAGGGCCAACGCGGUGGAGGCCUCCAGCCACGCACACGCGCACGGCAAGGACGUGCUGCACAUCCUCGCGCGCACGCUCAAGCUGUCCGCGGAGCUGUUCAAGCCGCCCGUGCUGUACCGCACCGCCCUCUGCUGCACCAUCUACUUCUGCAGCAUGUUCGUGUUGUAUGGGUUCGGCUACUGGCUCCCGGAGCUGCUGAACCGCUUCGAGCUCCACGCCAACGCCCACCCCGGCGAAAGCGAGUACGUCUGCGCGGUCCUCAGCGCGGCCCAUAACUCCAGCAGCCCCGUGCCCGUGCUGGUGGACGGCGCCACGAGCUGCGGCGACGCGACGGUGGUGGACCCCUCGGCCUUCCUCAACACGGCCAUCAUCAACAGUGCCUCCAUGACGGUCAACCUCCUGUCCACGCUCACCACGGGCUACAUCGGGCGCCGCACCCUGUCCGCCGGGUGCAACCUGCUGUCCGGGGCGGUGGGCUUCGGCCUGCUGUACGCGUCCUCCACCCUCGAGGUGGUCGCCGUGGCCAUCUUCUUCAACGCACUGGCCGAGACGGGCUGCAUCGGCAUCAACGGCAUGAUCGUGGACAUCUUCCCAGCCCGCGCCAGUGGCGUGGGCGUGGCGAGCGUCAUGCUGUCCGGACGGCUAGGCGGCUCCAUGGGCAACCUCGCCAUGGGGUACCUGUUGGAGCAAUCCUGCGAGCUACCCCUGAUGCUUCUGUUCAGCAUGGCCAUCGUGUGUGGCGCAAUCUGCUGCUUCGCGCACGGUCGUUACGAGGAGGACGACAAGGAGGAGGGGCCCACGCCUACCAAGGAGGACGUCGAGAUCGCCGCCAGGGAAGCGGCGGCCGCCACCCCACAGCCAUUACCAACAGUGUGCAAAGAAUAAAAGUGAACAAUAAAGUCACCAGGAAGGAAAUUUUGCAACUGUG